AUGUCAUUAGCUCAGGAUGUUGAGGACUACUUCGAUGGUAAGCCGGCCUUUCAGCUUGUAAGAAUUCUCCAGAGCCGCGACUCAGACGUGGUAGCGCUACUCAGAUACCAGACGGGCAACAUAGAUCAGCAUGUAGCGGUAAAAGUUGGUAUGUACAACAACCUUGAAAUAGAAGACCACUGGUUGAGAAGACUUCAGUUUGCGGAUCAUAUCAAUAGGGUUAUACUCUUCCGAGGUAUGCCAAAUGGGCUUGGAUACCCUUAUUUAGUGACGGAGUACAUGACACAUGGUACUCUUGCCAUAUUCAUAAGGAGAGCGAAGGACGCAAGAGAAAACUUGCCAAACCGUCUUCUGUGGGCUAUCCUGGGUUGCUUUAUACGAGCGACCAUUGGUCUAGCGUGGGCGCCCGAUGGCCCGGAUGUUGGGCUAGAAGUACCCGGACCCGACAUGCCGUCAACGCUUACCCAUCUUGAUAUGCAUAAUGGUAACUUUAUGUUCGGGGAACUAGGUUUGUCAAUGCGGAACGCAUCAGGGAGGUAUCCGACUGACCAACACCCCUAUGUUCCCAUGUUGAAGCUCAUAGACUUCGGUGAGGCGAGGGAGCUGCUGCCAUUUGACCAGGAUACCCCACCUGAUAAUUUAAGAUACGAUGAACGGCUAGAUUUAGCAGCAAAGCAUCCAGACCGAGAUAACGAAAGACGGAACAGGGGAGUUGAUAGAAAUCUAUUAGAUAUUGGAGUGGCUAUGGUUCGAAUGCUAUCUGGCGAAGAGGACCUAUAUUAUGAAGGAGAUGUGCGUGGAUGGCUGUUGGAUGACACUAAUUUUCCUCGUGGUUACGAUCCUGAUCUGAUUUUCCUUGUUCAGAGAUUAAUGGCUGUCGACCCUAAAAAUCAACCCCGACUGGACGAAUUACAUGAAUUGAUUGUAAACGGGGUUUUCGAUAAAACAGCUGAGGACUAUGGCGACGAUGGGGAAGAAGGCGGAACUGAAUCUGACGGGGAGCUUGAACGUUUAGUUCAAACAUAUAUCUUGGAUGCCGCUACGUACGACGAUGGUGGUAGUGGUACUGACUACUAUGGCGAUGAGGAUUCUGGUGAGGGGGAAGUUGUCGUUGGUGGGGAUAGUGAUGAUAAUAUGGACAUAGAUGCCUAGAUAGUCCUGCUUGACUAUCAUGAAUAAAUCAGUUGCGUUUGAUAGUCCAUUGCCAAAUAUGAC